GAAAAUAGCCGGGCUUGCGAGCAGUGAGCAGGACAGGUCCGAGAGCAUCUGUGCUUAAGCGAGUGAUAUUUUACCGUGUGCUGCUUUGAUUCUUUGUGUCUGAGUUUCACGUGCUUUGGCGCCUCGCUGCUCCACUGCGGCGCGACUGCUCGGAGCCUGCAACCGCGUCGUGAGUUAUGAGCGUCGCGCUUUGAUUCAUUGCUGCAUUUUCGCCAACCACCGAAAUCCCUCUCAUAUUUUAGCUUCAUUUUUGGAAACCCCAAAAUGAUACCGUGUUUCUGCGCUUGGUUUCUCGACGCGGAAACUCGACAACACGGUCAAGAUGGACGGGUUUCGAGUCCGACUCAACUGCAUCGACCACUACCAGACCACACCAACCCGAUAUGAUCCCCAGUUGCGCCGAGAUGCUCAACUCUCGGAGACUACUCGUCAGCCCAAAGUUCCCGUCAUUCGCGUGUUUGGAUCCACCGAGACCGGUCAGAAGGUGUGCGCUCACAUCCAUGGCGCAUUCCCCUACCUCUAUGUCGAGUACCGAGGGCCCCUGGAUAAGUCAACGGUAUCUGAGUACAUCUACGGGUUACACCUCUCCAUCGACCGCGCCCUGGCCAUCAAUUACCGCAGAGACCAAUCUCGGGGGCCUCAGAGAUUUGUUGCCCGCGUGACCCUCGUCAAAGGGGUACCAUUCUACGGCUUUCAUGUUGGGUAUCGCUACUAUCUCAAGAUAUACAUGCUUAACCCGGUUGUCAUGACCAGGCUGGCCGAUCUCUUGCUACAGGGGCUCGUGAUGGGCCAAAAGUUCCAACCCUACGAGGCACACUUGCAGUAUCUCCUCCAGUUCAUGGCCGACUACAACCUGUACGGUUGCGACUACCUAGAUGCCGAAAACGUGAGGUUCCGCGCCCCGAUUCCGGACCCUGCCGGCCCCGGUGAACCUCCGCGAAUUUGGGAUAGUAACACCAUUUUGCCUGCAACUAUCACUAAUGAGCUGAGUCUCCCUCGGGCCAGCCAUUGUUCCAUUGAAGUCGACAUCUGCGUUCAGCAUAUCUUGAACCGGAAAGCCGUGAAGGAGCGCCAGUUACACCAUGACUUCAUCGAACGGCAACAACCCAUCCCCUCCGAUCUGAAGCUAGUACACAGCAUGGCGGGGCUGUGGAAAGAUGAGACCAAGCGCAGGAAAAAGCAGAUGGCGAAGCCGAAACCUGGGAGUAGUCCGUUCCCUCAGGAAGCACUCGUUACCAUGUCUGCCGAUCCGCGUCAUUCGCAGCCGCCUGCGUGGAUUCAUGAGGAGGAGUACCGAGAACAGGUUCAGGAGUUGAUUGAGCAGGAAAGCAAGCAAGAUGGGACGGGCUUGACAUUUUUCGAGUACGUCAAAUCGGAACCGGACGGAGACGCAGUCCAGACCGUGAUUCAAUCUGUCGAGGACUUGUUCCCGGAGAACUUGUUGCCUGCUCUGGGGCUCGAGCAAAAGUUGCUGCAAGGUCACACGGACGUGGCCAGCAGCAUCCAAGUGGACGAAAAAGGGCUUCUUGAGCUUGAAGCCCCCGAGCAAGAAGACCAGAUCUUUCCGGAUGAUUCUGACCAAGAUCGCACAAAGAAGGAACGUGCAGUCCGGCUUGAUGAACAGUCGGAGCGGAAGAAAAUCCCUCUCAGUGUUGGCGUCUCCUCUGCGUGCAUCAAACAAGCAGAAACCUUCCCCGCCAGUGGUUUACAGGAACAACCGCACAGGCUUAUUGCAGAGUUGAAGCGGGAAAUCAAAGGCCUCGACGGGGGUUUCGGGGUCAGCGGAUUACGCUCUGGCAGGCGUCCAUCGAUCCCACUGCCGAGGGAACUCCUUCUGGAGGCGACGGCCUUGGAACUAACAUCCAAGGAUGUUGGCAGUCGAAGGGCCGCCUUUGAGGCAGCGGGGUCAGGCGCCCUUAAGCGCCCCUCUCCAGUUCUAGAAAACGACGCUUCGCGAAAACGACCGAGGUGCAAUGAUCCACGCGAGGAUUCCCACCAUACUUGUGCUGUUAAUGCUCCUGCCCCCGAACUGAUUGCGGUGGCCGGAAAGCCAGAGCUCGUUCCCCCCAGCCCCGUUACGGCGCUAGCACCAUCGUCGCAACAAAAUAAGACCCCCGGCAAAGGGAGCUCCCAGAAAUCCCAGGGAAACCAGACCCUUAGCUUCCAAGUUGUUAAAGAUCCCCAUGAUCCGGAUACGAUAUUGAGGCUCACCCAGCGAAGCGCUUCACAGCGGAGUGACGAGGGUACAAUUAGUGGCUCGGCAAGAAAGCAAGUGUCCUUUGACCCUCUUGUGUCCAUCCAGGAAGUCAAGUCGAGCUCUGAGGCAUCGGCAUCCCGGACGUCGGCGACACCGUCCAAGACACCGAGUACCCCUCCACGCCCGACUCUACACUGGAGUGGACAGACCACGAUGUUUCUCGUUAAUAGCACGCCGCCAUCUGCAGCGGAGGUAUGCUCGACGAUGCAGUUAUACGGGCUGCCGGAUGUCAUCUAUCAGGACGCCUUUUACAGCAAAGACGAGGACGUGCCGCCGAGACCAAGGGAGUAUGCUGGAAGGGAAUACCGGUUGGACGGUAACAAUCUCCCCUACCUGCCCGAUUUCGAUCCAACAGGCCAGUCCCCGGCUACGUUUGGGGUAAAACCAGAUCUAGCACCAGAUCUCUCCGCGAUGGAGGCGAGCUAUGAGAAGCAGCAAAGCCUGUGUACCCUACGGAGCUGGGAGAUAGCCGAGCCGCCUCCAACAUUCGCCGAAGUGAGCGGAUGGUGGGAUGAGAAGGAGAAAAGCAAGAUUAAGAGGACUCGCCCUGGUCGGCCGCCACCCGCCACCCAAACGCAAAAGCCAGAACUGUCGCAGAUCGUCGGGCCAACGCCGAAGAGCACGCACGGCUUCAAGUACUCGCAGAAGCAAAAGUCAACCAGCGUCCAGCACGAGGCGCAGUACAUGAGCACCAUGAGCCUCGAGGUGCACGUCAACACUAGGGGGAAAUUGGUCCCAAACCCCGAGGAAGACGAAGUCCAGUGCAUUUUUUGGUGCCUGAGAUCAGACGAACAAUGCCUGUUCGGCAGCCAGUCUGACGACAGCACCAUAACUGGGAUCGUCGUGCUCUCGGAAGAUGGCCUUCUCGCCAAGCAGGUACGCGGCCAAACCUCUGUCGAGGUGGCUGAAGAGGCGUCUGAACUGGACCUCCUGGUCAAGAUGGUGGAGAUUGUGCGGGCGCACGACCCAGAUAUCCUCACCGGAUACGAAGUUCACGGGAGCUCCUGGGGCUACUUAGUUGAGCGGGCAAUGCACAAGUACGAGUUCGACUUGUGCAACGAGUUCUCACGCAUGAAGUCCGAGUCAUUCGGCAAGUUUGGCAAGAAUGCGGAUUCUUGGGGUAACAAGACAACGUCCAACCUCCAUGUGACAGGCAGACAUAUUAUCAAUGUCUGGAGAGCCAUGCGAGGCGAGCUCAACCUUCUCCAGUACAGCAUGGAGAAUGUUGUGUGGCAUCUUUUGCACCGUCGGAUUCCGCAUUACUCGUGGCGAACCUUGACGGACUGGUACUCGAGUGGACGACCGAGUGACUUGAACAAAGUCCUCCGUUACUAUCUCAAGAGGACACGCAUGGACAUUGAGGUAAUCGAAGCCAACGAGCUGAUUCCGCGGACGAGUGAGCAAGCGAGGCUUCUAGGCGUCGAUUUCUUUUCCGUUUUCUCGAGGGGUUCGCAAUUCAAGGUCGAGUCGAUCAUGUUCCGCAUCGCCAAACCGGAGAACUUCCUUUUGGUCUCGCCCAACAGGAAGCAGGUCGGCGGCCAGAACGCUCUGGAGUGCUUGCCUCUGGUCAUGGAACCACAGAGUGCUUUCUAUCCAAGCCCCCUACUGGUCCUGGACUUUCAGAGCCUGUACCCCAGCGUCAUGAUUGCGUACAACUAUUGCUACUCGACAUGCCUGGGCCGCGUUGUCAGCUGGCGUGGCACCAACAAGAUGGGUUUCACCGAGUACAAGAGAAGAGAAGGUCUCCUGGAACUCCUGAAAGACCACAUCAACAUCGCCCCAAACGGCAUGAUGUACACCAAGCCCGAGAUCCGGAAAUCGCUUCUCGCCAAGAUGCUCACGGAGAUUCUCGAGACUCGCGUGAUGGUCAAGAGCGGCAUGAAGGAGGACAAAGACGACAAGACGCUGCAAAAGCUUCUGCACAACCGACAACUUGCACUCAAGCUCCUUGCCAACGUCACCUAUGGGUACACGUCGGCCUCAUACUCCGGCAGAAUGCCCUGCGCCGAGAUCGCCGACAGCAUUGUGCAGACGGGCCGCGAGACGCUCGAGCGAGCCAUCGCCUACAUCCACUCCGUCGAGCGGUGGGGUGCCGAGGUGGUCUACGGCGAUACCGACAGUCUGUUUGUCUAUCUCAAAGGGCGGACACGCGAACAGGCUUUCGACAUAGGAGCCGAGAUGGCCAAGGAAAUCACCGACCUGAACCCACGGCCGGUGAAACUAAAGUUCGAGAAGGUGUACCACCCGUGUGUGCUGCUCGCCAAGAAGCGCUACGUUGGGUACAAGUACGAAAGCCGUGACCAGACGGUACCCGAGUUCGACGCGAAGGGUAUUGAAACGGUCCGCCGCGACGGGACGCCGGCGGAGCAGAAGAUUGAGGAGAAGGCGCUCAAGAUCCUGUUUGAGACGGCCGACCUCAGCCAAGUUAAGGAGUAUUUCCAAUCUCAAUGCUCCAAGAUCAUGCGCGGCGCGGUCUCCAUCCAAGACUUCGUAUUUGCGAAAGAACUGAAGCUUGGAACCUACAGCGGCAAAGGGCCCGGUCCGCCCGGCGCCCUGAUCAGCACGAAGCGCAUGCUCGAGGACGCCCGCGCGGAGCCACAAUACGGCGAGCGGGUACCGUACGUGGUUGUUUCGGGAGCACCAGGGGCGCGCCUGAUCGACCGCUGCGUCGCGCCGGAAGACCUGCUCAACAACCCGCACGCGUCGCUCGACGCGGAGUACUACAUCUCCAAGAACCUCAUCCCGCCCCUCGAGCGCAUCUUCAACCUGGUCGGCGCCAACGUCCGGGCCUGGUACGACGAGAUGCCCAAGGUCCAGCAAGUCCGCCGGUUGGAAAUGACCUCCGCUGCCACCACAGCCGCCAUGUCCAACAACACCACCACCACAACCGCAAACAACAAAAAAACCCUCGAAUUCUUCCUCAACUCCACCUCCUGCCUAGCCUGCAACGUCAAGAUGUCCAAACCUUCUCAGACUACCACCACCACCCCCCUCCCAAUCUGCACCCGCUGCGCCAGCACCCCCUCCAGCACCAUGGCCCUCCUCCAAACCCGCCUGAACGCCGAGCAGCGGCGGUACGCCGACGUGGUGAAGGUGUGCCAGAGCUGCGCGGGGUUUGCGCCGCUCGAGGCCCCCGGCUGCGGUAGCGGUGGUGGUGGGGGUGGUGGUGGUGGUGGCGACGUGCCGUGUGACAGUAGGGACUGUCCGGUGUUUUAUACGAGGGUCAAGCAGCGCGUGAGGGUUGGCGCGGAGAGGGCGGUGUUGGAGCCGCUUUUGGGGAGGCUUGGUGCGAGGGUGGUGGGAAGGGGGGGAGGGGGUGGGUUGGAUUGGUGA